AUGUAUCGAGAAAUGCUUAAACAGGGAAAUGUCGAAAUCUACUGUGAUGUCUGGCCGUGUGAUAGAGAGUGUGGCAAAUUUCAUAAGCCGUUUCUCAACACUACUAAACUUCGGCAAUUGAAGUCGAGGACAGAGUCAGUGGACCAAGUAGCGAAGAAGGAAGCCAAAGAAAAGGCAAAAGGAGCGUUUGAGGAGAUCAUGGAAGCAGCAGCAAGAAAGGUGCGUGACUUUCGCGCUUUUUUCCUUCAUUCGGAUAUUUCCAGAAUUAAGAGUGGAAGUAUUCAAAACUCAAACAGAUUUGAUGCUCUGAACGUUUGUCCAGCUACAUGGAUAUCAGAUUUUUCGCAAAACUCAGAAGUCGAAUUUUUGAAUUUCUAUCGAAAAUUUGAGAAUAUGUGUAAAACGUUCAGAAUUCACUCCCUUCUCGAAAUUGGAAUAAUAGAAACCCCAACACUUCAGAAAUUAUAUUGUUAG